UCACACACAAUAGGUGUUUGGGCAAAUCAAAAUUUAUGAUGAAUUGAAGUUCUCUUUCCUUUCAUCCCCUUUCUAUUGCACAAAUCAUUACAUGGAAACACUCACCUCCCUUCUCACUCGUUAACUCUUUCCUCUCACACAUAAGGUAGCUCAUUGUUGAAUUUGGGAACUAGUUUAUUUUCAAUGGAUUGCAACAAAGAUGAGGCCAUCAGGGCCAAGGAAAUUGCUGAGAAGAAGAUGCAAAGUAACGACUUCGAAGGCACCCAUAAGAUUGCUUUGAAAGGAAAAAACCUCUACCCGAAACUCGAAAACAUUACCCAGAUGCUGAGCAUCUGUGAUGUGCACUGCUCAGCUCAGAAAAUGGUUCUAGGAUCCGAAAAGGAUUGGUAUGGAAUCCUUCAAGUCAAAAAGUCGGAUGACGAGGCAGCGAUCAAGAAACAGUAUCGCCGGCUAGCGCUUAUUCUGCAUCCCGAUAAGAAUCAAUUCCCUGGCGCUGAGGGGGCUUUUAAGUUGAUUUGUGAAGCUAAUGCAUUGCUUUCCGAUCCAGCAAAGAAAUCUGCGUACGACAGUAAGAUGAAUGUCUGGUCCGGAACUACAACAAACCAUCCGAAUCAUCAGAUUAACAGAAGCUUUCAGGUCAAUAAUCAAUAUGGUGCUCAAAAGAGAAACGCGUCUGAUGGUUCAAGCAGCCUGAAUCGUGAUCAAAAUACUGACUCUACCUCGGUUUUCUGGACACAAUGCCCGUUCUGCAAAGUAAACUACGCGUAUCUGAGACAAUAUAUCAACAGAUGUUUGCAGUGCAUCAAAUGCCAUAAGAGUUUUGAUGCAUAUGAAAUGACUGCUCCGCGUGUUUCCUCGACUAAUUUGGGGAACCAAGGCUCUCAGCAUGUGCCGUCAAAACCUGAUAUACACCAGGUAGAUAGUUCUCAAGAGACUAUACCGGCAAAUUGUGAAAAUGGUGUGCAAAAUAUCGAAGUGUCUUCAGUGUCUGGAUCACAAGGGGAUGUCAGCAUGAAAAGUGUUCAACUAGAGGUAGGUGUCCGAAAAGGAGGCCGUUCCGAGAGUACUGCUGAAAAUUUGAAGACCGGGACGAUAGGCAAGAAGAGGGGGAGGAAGUUAGUGAUAGAAUACAGUGAUGAUUCUGAUACUGAGCUAGAGAAUGUAUCAUACAAGAAAGCUGAUGAAGAUUAUCUUUCUAUACCUCGUAAGAGAGCUCAAACAAGCAACGAGGAAGAUGUUCAGAAGCACAAGGAUGGCAAUCAAAAUAGUUUCCCCUCAGUUCUAACAUCUUCCAAGUUUGAAAACAAAGAGACAGGAGCUGAUCGCCCCGAAAAAAGUUUGAAGGAAAAGAAUAAGAGCGUUGAUAAAGAAGCUGACCUAGUGGAAAUUGAAAGCUCUGACAUAGAUUUAUCUUCAAGUAAUGAUUCAGAUACAGGCUAUUUCGAGUGUCCUGAUCCAGAAUUUUACAAUUUCGAGGGGCUGCGCGAUGAAAGCCUGUUUUGUGCGAGACAGUUUUGGGCUUGUUAUGAUACGUUCGAUAGCAUGCCAAGAUUCUACGCUAGGGUGAGGAAGGUAUGUUAUUCUCCGUUUAAAUUGCAUAUUACAUGGCUGGAAGCUGUUCUUAUACAUGAUUCUUGUAAACGAUGGGUGGAAACAGAGUUACCGGUUGGUUGUGGAAGCUUUAAACUUGGUAAACGUGACACUAUAUCAGAAUGCUUGUCACUUUCUCAUCAAGUGCAUUGUAGAAAAGGAAAAAAGAAAGGUUCUUUUUUCGUAUACCCGAGAGAAGGCGAGGUCUGGGCUCUCUUCAGAGACUGGGACAUCAGUUGGAGUUCCAAUCCCGAAAAUCAUAAGGAAUUUAGAUAUGAAAUUGUGGAGGUGCUCUCUGAUUUUGCUGAAGGCAUUGGCAUAAAAGUUGCCUAUUUGGAAAAGGUUAGUGGAUUUGUGAGCCUUUUCAAGAGAGCAGACCAAAGUGAGACUAAUUCAUUUCUAAUAGGGCUGACAGAGCUGUACAGAUUCUCCCACUGUGUUCCCAGUUUCAAAUUGUCUGGCAUGGAAAGCGAGGGCGUGCCAAUAGGUUCAUUUGAACUUGAUCCCGGCUCCUAGCCUCUUAAUCCCGAUCACUUGUAUUUCCCUGGGAGAGCCAAGAUCGAGCGUGGUUAUAAGAAUCCUAGCCUUGGGAACUCACUUCCUAAGUAUGCUAAGGGAAAGAGUAAAUCUUCUUCGACAGGGAGUUUUUGAGGUUCAAUAAGGCUGGAUUUGGAAGGGACUAAUUGACUUAAUCAUGUAUUCGUCCGAACAACAUUCGUUUACAUGGCUGGAAAAGAUUUAUGGCUAACCGAAUGUGGAUUUAGUGUUUAUUCCUCGAUACAUAAAACAAAACGCGACUUUUGCUAACAAAUGGUAGGUACUCUUUGGCUGUUUUAAGGGGCAAUUUUCUAUCUUGAUGUCUCGUUCGGAAGUGUCUUGUACGGUCUGUACAGAAACAUUUGUUAGAGCAUCGUAAUAGGAGCCGGAGAUGAAGGAUUGUGCAGAGACUGCUACAUAUUUUUUCAUGUUCCAGCUUACUGGUAAAUAGGUAGUCUUCUGAGGGGCUUUGGAAUCUGUUUCUGAGGGUAUGUGCUUUUUAUGAAUGGUAGAAGGUCCAUUAUAGUGGUGGUGAUAGUCAUUUAACCUUUCCUUGAUUGAUUAUAUAUACUUUCCUUUUUAGUUUGUCUAAA